AAAAAGAGAGAAUUUAGAAGGAGCGAGGGAGGAGAUAAUACUCGGAGCACCACCUAGCUCAUAUGUCCUUGGAUUUUUGGUCGUGCUGUAUAAUUGUUCGCUUCCUUCAGAUUAGUUGAGGGCAUAUUAAUGGCAUCGAGAGCAGACGAUUCGAUCAAGUCCAGAGAUGUGUGCAUUGUCGGUGUUGCUCGAACACCCAUGGGUGGCUUGCUUGGUUCAAUCUCAUCUUUAUCUGCUACAAAGCUCGGGUCUAUAGCUAUUAAGAGUGCUCUUAAGAGGGCAAGUGUUGAUCCAUCACAGGUUCAAGAAGUAUAUUUUGGAAAUGUUCUCAGUGCGAAUUUAGGUCAAGCCCCAGCUCGGCAGGCUGCCUUAGGUGCUGGAAUGCCUAAUUCUGUUGUUUGCACGACCAUUAACAAAGUGUGUUCGUCGGGAUUGAAAGCGACAAUGAUUGCUGCACUUAGUAUUACAUCGGGUGUCAAUGAUGUUGUGGUGGCUGGUGGUAUGGAGAGCAUGUCUAAUGCACCAAAGUAUUUAGUUCAGUCCAGAAAAGGAUCUAGGUUUGGGCAUGAAUCUGUUAUUGAUGGAAUGAUCAAGGAUGGGCUAUGGGACGUUUACAAUGAUUUUGGGAUGGGAUUAUGUGGAGAACUUUGUGCUGAUCAGUAUCAUAUCACGAGGGAAGAGCAGGACUCUUAUGCCAUUCGAAGCUUUGAACAAGGGAUCGCUGCACAAAGCAGUGGUGCAUUUGCAUGGGAAAUAGUUCCGGUGGAAAUAUCUGGUGUUAGUGGGAAGCCAUCCAUAAUUGUUGACAAAGAUGAUGGCUUAAGGCAGUUCGAUGCGUCUAAACUGAGAAAGCUUAAACCCAGCUUUAAAGAAGGGGGUACUGUGACUGCAGGCAAUGCUUCUAUCAUAAGUGAUGGAGCUGCCGCACUAGUUCUAGUGAGUGGGGAAAAGGUGAUUGAACUUGGGUUGCGAGUAAUUGCCAAGAUCAGAGGAUAUGCAGAUGCUGCUCAGGCACCUGAGUUAUUUCCAAAUGCUCCAGCUCUUGCGAUACCAAAAGCAAUUAAAAAUUCUGGUUUGAAGGCUUCUGAUGUCGAUUAUUAUGAAAUAAACGAAGCAUUUUCGGUUGUAGCCCUUGCCAAUCAACGACUACUCAAUCUUGAUCUUGACAAACUGAAUGUGCAUGGAGGAGCUGUGUCUUUGGGACAUCCAUUGGGCUGCAGUGGGGCUAGGAUCUUGGUGACUUUGCUAGGGGUACUGAGGACAAAGAACGGAAGAUUUGGUGUUGCUGGAAUAUGUAAUGGAGGAGGAGGAGCAUCUGCCCUUGUCGUCGAGCUCAUGCCCGAAGCGAAAAUGACCAGACCCAAGCUGUAGAAACUGAAAGUAUAGCCGAUGUGGUAAAGAUACAUGUUUACUGCUCUUCUUCUCCCAUAUAUGUAUAUACUUCAGAAUCAAUGAUAUGUCUGAAAUACAUGUUUGCGCUGUAUAUGGACUCUUUAUCUCGUGGGGGAAAGCUGUAUAAAUUACUGAGUAUGCCGCUUGCACUGCGAAUCAUUUGAAAGAAGUAAUUUAAAAUUUUAUUAGGGGACACGAGUAUAUAAAAUUAUAAAUGAAUGAAACUCCUCCGU